AUGUCUGGAGUCUGGGUUUUCAACAACGGAGUGAUUCGCCUGGUGGAAAACCCAGCUGGUGAUCAGCGGAAGGUGUUGGUUCACCUUCCAUCUGGUGAAGUCAUCACAUCGUACUCUGCUCUUGAGAGAAUUCUUACUAGGUUGGGAUGGGAGAGGUACUACGAUAAUCCCAACAUGCUCCAAUUCCACAAGGCUUCCUCCCUGGAUCUCAUCUCUCUCCCCAAAGACUUCUCCAAGUUCAAGUCCAUUCACAUGUAUGAUAUCGUUGUUAAAAAUCCCAACAUUUUUCAUGUCCGAGAUCUCUAAUUCCAUAAACCUUCACUCUCUUCUAU